AUGUAUAAGAAAGAAAAUUCAUCCUUUUACGUAUUGUUUACUGUGUGGCUUAUAUAAGUUGGUACACAACAUGCGCAAACCAGCGAUAUUCAAACUUUAAACAUGAAAGUUGUUAUUUUCUUUGCACUUUUAGCAGUGGCUUCGGCCAAGAGACUGUUUCACCAGGACCAGGUCCUGAGAAUCCAACCAGGAGGGUAUGAUCUAAAGAUCAUUAACAACUUGGUUGAAAGAUACCCAAACAUUGACUUUUGGGCCGAACCAAGUCUGGUUCGUCCAGUAGAUAUCCAUGUGCCACGCGUUCACCUUACAGCUGUCAAAGUUUUCUUGACAAGAAACAGAAUCGAUUACGAAAUCUUUAUCGAAGACCUUCAGGUUGCUAUUGACAACCAAAAGUCAGACCGUCCAACUCAGAUGAGUUUGGCAACAUUCGAUUACAAUGUUUACCACACGAUGGACGAAAUUCGCGCUUGGAUGAGCGAUAUGGUAUCAACAUAUUCCUUCGUGUCCCAAGUUAACGUUGGUCAAUCUUAUGAAAAGAGCUCAAUUGACGCGCUCAGGAUCACCCGCUCUACAAGCUUCAACCCACCUAAAUUUGUACUGGACUGUGGUCUUCACUCUCGUGAAUGGGUUGCUCCUGCCUCAUGCCUUUACGCGGUCAAAUACUUGGUUGAAGCCCAGCCUGGAAGCGCAGAAUAUAACAUCUUAAACGAAAUGGAGAUUGUUGUGAUCCCAAUUGCUAACCCUGACGGCUACGAAUACUCAUGGACUGGUGACAGAAUGUGGCGCAAAACGCGUUCGGAUACCGGCCACGUAUGCAUGGGAGUUGACCCUAACAGAAACUGGGACGCAAACUGGUCCGGCCCAGGUGCCAGCGCAAGCUCUUGUAAUGAUGCCUACUACGGACCAAGCGUUAUGUCCGAGAUCGAAGUACGAUCUCAAGCCAGUUUCGUUGGAGGCUUAUCUAACGUCCAAGCCUACAUUGACAUUCAUGCAUAUAGCCAGUACUGGAUGUACCCAUACGCCUGGACUUACAGCAAAACUUCUGACGAAAAUCUUUUGAAUACAAUUGGUGUGAACAGUGUAAACGCCAUACGUGAUGUUCACGGAAUGACGUAUCUGACUGGAUCAAUUUCUGAAGUCAUUUAUCAAGCAUCAGGAAGUACAGUUGAUUACAUGUACGACACUUUGGGAAUCAAAUGCUCUUUUGCUGCUGAACUCCGAGAUACAGGAAGAUACGGUUUCACUCUCCCAGAACGUUUCAUCCAACCAACUGCCGAGGAAACAUUCGCUGGACUUAAAACGAUUGCUAAUGCAGUUAUGGCAGGUACUUGCCAAUAAAUGAGGAAAUAAAAAAGAAGUCUCUGCAAAA